UGUCUUCUUCUGCUUCGCUCGAUUGUACCGGAUGCAUAAUCGGUUAUUAAUCAAAGCUGUUGUCGCAGGGUAAAGGGUCAGGGCCCUACAUCCGUUAAACCCACGUUAUGUCUUCCGCAUCUCUUAGAUCUCGCAGGCUCUAGGUUAAUUAUUACGAAGUAAUUAAUCCUUCUUUUCCUCUCUCGUUGCACAACUCUCGCUCUCCUGAGUUUCCGUUCAACAAGGGCCGGAAAGCAGUCAUGUUUCUCAAACGAGGUUGUUGAAAGCUUGAAACUUGCUCGUGGUACUAGCACCGGCAUGCUUAUUAUUUCUGUUGUGGUUAGGCUCAAGAGAGAAACAUGGUUUUUGAUACUCGGUCAAGAAGCAAAUUGGGGAGUGACGAUGAUAAUGAUACUUUAAAGAAUAGUGGCUGAUGGAGAAGGAACAUUCUCAGGCACUAAAAAGACGGGUUGUUCAGGUUUAAGGAGGGUAGCUCAGGUAACCUCAUCAAAAGAUACAAACAAAACACAUCACCUACCAUGAAGCCUGAGCGGAUUCAAAAGAAGACUUAAUAUGCAAUUUAACCUUAGUUGAAGCAACAAUUAGCCAUGGGGCUGCUGCUAACCUUGGUAAAGUUAGAAAGGUAUCAAAAUCAAAUAACCCUCGUUACUUAAGUAGUUGUUUGCAUGGAGAGUCACACUAGGAUGGGGAACCAAAUGCAAAGAAAGGCUGAAUUACAUUUGAAAAAGAGGGUACUAGACAUAGUGUCAUGUUUUUGUUUCAGUUUUUUAUUAACAAGCAGUUAGGUUAGACGUUAAAGAGUUAGAAAGCAUGUGGACCAUGUUUAAGUUUGAAAAAUGCAUAUCUCUUGUCGGCUUGUGCACGACUUCUUGUGAAUUUGAAUGCCCUAAGGUGUUUUAUGAGUACCAUUUGUCUUUUCUAUAAAUCUCAAAGGAAUAUAGUGAUUAUAUUAUUAGUUAUUUGUGUUUAACAGUAAAAUUACAACCAAAUAAACUUGGAUAGGUUCUCUAGGCAGUACAUUACAGUUGCAGACCUUGAUAGACAAUUAUGCUUUUAUGAUAGAGGUUAACAUUUGAAAUUUUGAACUGAUAUUUGUACAUCUUCUUCUUUAGAGUAAGAAUGAACCAUAUGGAACCUAUUACCAGUUUGAAAGAAUAUGAUACUUCACUUCAAAACCAACAACAUCGUAAUAGUGCAGUUUAUUAGUAAUAAAUAUUGAUCACAAUCAGGAUUAGGUUCAAAUUUCUCCACUGCAUUAAAGCAGUACUUCUACUUUCAUUGUGGCUUAUUUUAAAUAUUUGCUUCAAUUAGAUUACCAGGUUAAUGUUUGUCUGCUUUAUCAGCAAGGUUAGAUAAGAGUUUAAAAGAAUUAAGGGCAAUUUCAUAAAAGAGGUGUAUGAAAUAUAGAUAUUAUUCAUACUUAUGACACUUGUAAUACAGGUUAGUGCUUGUUUAUUAAUUACAAAAUGGGUAAAAUACUAGCCUGGGGAUCUGAUAUAAAACUAUACCAUUAAAUAUUCAUGGUAAAAGGGAAACUGAUAAAACAUUGAACGAAAUACAAACAUAACUUAAAGGAAACUUACAGAAAAAAAAUACUUCAGAAUGUUAAUGUACGUUCAUUGGAGAAAAGAAGGCAUGACAUUUUAGAUUCCUUAAGCAAAUUUAGUAUUAUGAGCUUUAUGGUUCCUAGGAAGCUCUGAAAGAGGAAUACAUCAUACUACGUACUACCCUCCGUUCGGUUUUAAAUGCAACCUUGCAUAUUGACACAAGAUUUAAGGAAACUACGCGGAGAACUUUUGUUCCGAAUUCACCCUUGCUUCUUUAAAGCACACUGACAAGAUUUAUCUCUUUCCCUUUCCCAUAUAUAUCUUUUCUCCUCUCGCUUACCUUCUUCUCUUAAAGACCUAUUUUAAAAUUUUAAUUUCAGCAAUCUCCCCAUUUGCUUAACAUCAUUAGAAUUUAGGAUGUUUAGUUUUAAUUUCCUGAAGCAAACUUCAGCCUAUUAUAAUAAUUCAUCAAAGGUGGAAGCUCCUUCUAAACUUGAGUUUCUUAAUUUGUUUGCCGUUUCAGUUCAUCGCCUUUUAUAAAAUUUUGACUUGGUUUCAAAAUUUGUGAGAAGAAAAUAACAGAGAUGGCCAUUGCAAAUCUGGAUUUCUGCAUAGAGCCCCAAAUUAAAUAAAGCAACCCAAAAUUGAAAGAAGAAGAAAGCGGAUGAAAGAAUUAAAAAGCACGGGCAGAAGAGAAAGGAGAUGCGUGAGAAGAAAGAUUAGGGAGUGGAAAAUGGGGGAAUGACACGAAAGGAUUGGGGCUGGGGUAAUUUGGGUGGAGAGGGCGAUGACAUGUGAGGUUGAUAAUGAUGGGGCAUACGGAGUACUAUCUAAAUGAAUUCAAGGGUAAUGUGGUCAUUGUAGUUAUUUUUAUUACUAAAAGAGGAAGUGUUGCAUUUAAUUGGAAACUUCCAAAAAAGGAAAGUGUUGCAUUUAAAAAAGAAUGGAGGAAGUAUAUUAUAGGACUAACCUGCUAUAUACAAAAAGUAACAGGCAAACAAUUGGUACUUGACGUCCGAAAGGUAAGAGUGACAGAAGUCUUUUUGAAUUUGCUAUAUUCUCGGCUUCUCUCUGAAAUGUGCAAACGAAAUAUUUUUGGUAGCUAACUGCUUGUUAAUAUUGUUCAAGGGUGUUGUUUGUUUUGUUUUAUCCCCUCCUUUUGCUUUGAUAUCUAUGUGCAUACGAAAAGUCCGUAAAUAAGAGAGAGAAAGAGAUUUAGAAACUCUGAGCCUUUCACAUGUCGGGGGCAAGGCAUUCGGGCAGUGCCCCAACGAGCGGUCGCUCUUUGAGUCGCGGCAGCCGGUAGCCGACUUGGGAUUUGCAGUCUUGGCGCACAGUUGGCGUCUUGCUGAUUUUGGACCUAAAUCAUUUGUUUCUACCCUUUGAGAGUUGUAUGGCUUCAUUAUUAUCUUUUUGAAAAGAACUAAAGUUGGUGAAAUAAACCUCUAUAUUGCAUCUGAAUGGACAAUGGACAUUUGAUGAAUGUGAGAAACAAAUGUGCAAGGGAUGCAGUUGCUCACUUUUCGAUUGCAGCGUGAAGACACAUGAUGAUUUCAAUCACAAUGAUGGAGUUCAACUUACAAAGUUGGGGUUAGAGUGUAUAAAUUCGGAGGGGUUUAAAUGUCCUACAAUGAAGCAAGUUGUGAAGUGUCUUCUCAACUCGUGUCAUACGCACUCAUAAUCAGGAACUUCGAAUCAAGGAGAAGCAACACACAAAAGAAGCAUUAGUGGUGAUUUUAGGUGACAUCUUAGGUCCCGAUUAGUGGGGCUUUAGUUUCAGACUUUUUAUUAAUUAGUUGUAAACUAAAUACUCUUCCGAGCCAUACAAGGUUAUUAAUAUGUGUUGCUCAUUAUGUUGCUCAUUAGCCAUACAUAAUGAUACGGGUAGCUAACUGUCAU